GUUAGACGCGUACGUUAACGGUUGGAAACGGUCCGUGCAAAUGGUUUAAAUGAAAAUUAUAAAUUUACGAUUUAAAAGCGAAAAGUUGGGCAAUGUGUUCGUUUUACAAAUAUGUAGUUGAUACUUUAAGAAAAUAAAUAAAAUAAAAUAUUAAAACAAAAUAACAGCGUAUCAUGUAAAAGAUAAGAGUGUUGAACAAAUAAAGCUAAAUAUUGUGAAUCAUGUUAAAAAUAAUAUACAUAAUUUAUUCAGGCAAAAAAAUAUAAUUGCGGUAUUUGAUUAAAUACCACAACAACCGCAACCACCCACCGCCGCAGCUUUUCCGCCACAUUCAAAGGCCAACCACCCAACAAAGCGCUCGUAUUCCAUCUUAAUCAGCUCAUAUGUACAUACAUAUAGUAUGCAAUUGCGCUAAUAUCAAGAAUCUACAAAUCUACCUGUUUAUGCACGCAUUAAAAGUAUAAAUACCAAAUUGAAGCAAUGUUUCGCGCUUCACAGAUCGUCAGUGAAGAGACACUACCUGCACUCUUUGAGUCAACUGCAGCACUAUCAGACGAUGAUGUACAACCCGAUUCAAGCACGCGUCUGAGAAAGUAUGAUAGAAGGUUCUCAUUAAAAUAUGGACUUACAACAAGUUUACCACCGAUUAAUUAUAAGUACCCACUGGCCGUCAUUUUCAUACUUGUAACGAAAUUUUUCGAAGCGUUCGCCGCAAAUGGUAUUAGAACAAUUUUAGUUUUAUAUUUACGCGAUGACCUCUACUUCAGCGAAAACGUUGCAACGAUCACAUUGCAUAUUUUCAAUUUCUUUGGUCAGUUUUGUCCAAUAUUCGGUGCCAUACUAGCUGAUAGUUAUAUCGGAAAUGUGCGCACCAUUUCAUAUUUUUGUGUACUCUACGCUACCGGUUGGCUAUUGUUGAUUUUGACGGUUUUGCCCGCAAUAGGAAUAUCCUUGAUUUUCUUAGUAUCGGUAUCUUUGUUAUUUAUAGCCAUAGGCAAUGGUUCCGUACGCGCGUGCAUAACCUCUUUGGGGGCGCAACAAUUCAAGCUGCCCGAGCAGGCCACUCGUUUGGCUGAAUAUUUUUCAUUGUAUUAUUUUGUUUACUAUUUCGGUAUAUUACUAAGUAAAAUUCUACCACCAUAUGUGCGCGCUAAAUCACAAUGCUUGGGGAAGAGCGAUUGCUAUCCGGCGGUAUUUGGUAUGCUGGGCUUAUCCUUUGCAAUCUCCUGGUUAAUCUUCACUCUCGGUAAAUUUUAUUACAAAACUGAGAAACUCUCCGAGGAAAAUAUUCUUCUGAAAUUGUGUGGUUGUAUUAAACAUGCUUUGGUUGUAAAGUUUCGUAGCGCGAACCAAAAUGCGCAACCACGUGUCUAUUGGCUGGAAUAUGCGACGGACAAAUAUGAUGAGCCUUUUAUCAAAGAUGUUAGCAGAGUUUUGAAGAUUUGUAAACUCUUCCUACCAUUGCCGAUAUAUUUCGCCUUGCUGGCACAACAAGAUUCAAGUUGGACAUUUCAGGCUUCAAUGAUGAAUAUGACCGUUGCCAAUGUGAUAACCAUACAACCGGAUCAGGCUAAAGCGAUGGGUCCUAUUUUGCUUUUCAUUCUCAUACCUUUAUGGCAAUAUAUUUGCACGCCGAUCAUUCGUCGUUUAUUUGGUAGUGAGGUGAAGCCCUUGCAUAGCGUUACUGCAGGUGGAGUGUGCUCAGCACUGUCUUUUAUUUGUGCUGGCGUCUUACAAGAAUAUAUUAAUAGUCAUCCUUAUCGUUAUGUAAAUAUAGCUUGGCAAAUUCCACAGUUUUUGUUACUGAUGUUGGGCGAAUUGUUAUUAUCUAUACCAGGCUUGAAGUUUGCAUUUACACAGGCGCCAGCUUCAAUGAAAUCGGUAGUAACUGCUGCAUGGUUCAUUAACAAUGCAUUUGGUAAUCUAAUUGUGGUGGCCUUAACGAAGUUGAAUAUGUUUGUUUCGCAGAGUAACGAGUACUUUUUCUAUGCUGUCAUAAUGCUUAUUUCCAUAAUAGUAUUUGCCGUGUUGGCCUAUGAUUACGUCCUACAAGAGACUGGAUAUUUGUUUACGAACAAUAUACCGCUAAUUCGUACGCAACAUUAUGCACACAAAGAUGAGGAGCCUAAUACAAGCGCUGCAAGUACAAGUAGUCGCCGAACUAGUGUCUAAGCGACAAAGUUCUAAUUAUCAAAUAUACGAGAUAGUAAAGCGGCCAAAUUUAUUUAUUUGUACAAUUUCGUAUUUAAAUUGAAUAUGAAAUAUCUCCUAGUCUAAAAUUUUAAAGAUAUAUUGUAAUUCCAAAAUUGUAUCAUCUGGCAAAUCAGUGCAAUGAACUGCAUUUAAUGUUUUACUAACUCCAAACUUGGCACGUAAGGUAUGUGGACGUAACAUUUUAGCAAUUUCCUGUACACGAAAUGUAGUUUAUAAUAAAAAAAUAAGUAUGUAGGUGCACGUAGUAACUUACUGGAUCCAUUGGCCCACAAAACUGUCUGAAUUCCUCAUAGCUAUUUUUGUUUUCAUCGGCUGACACUAGCUCCAAUGCCAUACUUACACCGCUUGCGAGUUGUGCCACCAUUGGCUUUGAAAGAAAUUAUAGCUUUGUAAUUACUUGAUUACUGCAUUGUUCUAAUACACUUACAAUAUAUUCCGGCAAUAUUCCACGAUAAACUUCGAAAAAUUCCUCACAAUUCACUCGUUCCAUCAAAUUCAUACGCAGUCCGGUUAUUUUGAAUCCAUUAUUGGUAAUUUCAGAUACUAUUCGUCCCAAAUUACCUGUAAUGAUAUCAUUAAAUUAUGUUUUUAUUUUAAGUAUUGAAUAUAUAAAAUAUACAAACCAUCUUUAAUACAAUGCGGUUUAAUGAUGCUUAAUGUCGAAUUUUUCAAACGCAGUGUGGCUUGCAAGCCAUUUUUUGGAUUAAAAAAGAAAUUGAGAUCCUGUAAAAGAUUUCCGGAAUUUAGCAUAAGAAUUUAUGAACCUACUACAUUUUAUACCUGUUCAGCCUCCUCCUCAUCAUGUGGACAGUAAAUACCUAUGCGCAUAUCUUCCCGUUCGAAUAAGGUAACAAGAGAGGCAACUGUGUUAUCAUUAGAACAUUCCUUACUUUGGUCUCUGCAAAAUUUAAUCUUCUGUACUGCAUUAUCAGCGAUUACUUCGAAACCCAUUGAAGGACCACCGAUUAACUGAUUCAUCAGCAUACUCCUAAGUAUUAAAAAAAUACAGUAUUUGAUGAAAAAUUAGAUUUUGUGUUAUGAACAACUUACGAAGCUUCUACAUUGCGUUUAUUGCUCAAGAACUGCUUUACUUGUUCCGGUGUGAAUUGCACCAUUAGGCCUCUGUUUAUGCUAAAAUUCGAAUCUAUGAGAGCACAGAGGACAGUGCCUAAGUGUUGAAUGCACAUGUUUUUUAGCAGCAGAAAGGUUCUAUCAAGUGAAUAUAGCGGUAAUUAAGUAAAUAUAACUAAUAUUUAAAUAUGUCGAAUUAAAUACUUUUUACGAUAUUUGUCAAGUGUAUUCUUAGUUAUGUCAUCAGCAUAGUCAACAAUGUCAAAUUGUCUUCCAAAGAUGUUGAUUUUCGAACCUAUGAAAAAAUCGCGUUCAGAAAGUUCAGGCAUUUUAGUACGCCGGAGAAAAGUGCGUUUGUGUUGUUGAUCAUACUAAAACGAAAUUAUUCAUAAGGACUUUCAAGUAAAUCGUUUUUUUACUAAUAAAAUAUCUUCUUUGACUGCUCCAACUGACGAACUUACCACUUCUAUUGCAUUACCCGUUGGAAAAAAGAAUAUAGUAAAAGCACGUAUAAUUGCCGCUUCCUCUUGGUACCAUUCUGCUAUAAAAGACAGACGACGAUUGAAAGCCUUUGGGUUAUAAAUAAAACAGAUUAAAGCUGAUCUCAAUUAGCAUAUAAUAUAAACACACCAUUGAGUAUAAUUAGUUAUUCUCACGUUUUUAUAAUAAAACUAUUUUAAAAGUAAUAAAAUAUAUAAUUCCUCUCCAAUUUUCCGACUGAUUGUCAUUUAUUUAUUUUUUAUUUUGGUUUCCCGGCAACCAGUUAGGAAAUUGGUUAAUACAGUGGCACUCAAAACAUACACAUGUAGUGUCAGAAUAAAUUUUAUAUAUGUGUAAUUCCAAACAAAUCCGGUUAAUUUUGAGCAGUCGAAUACUGGAUAAAUAUUAACUUUAAGUACAUUACCACAAUUUAAUGUUUUUAUAUAUAAAUAAGAAUUAAACUGUGGGUAAAAAUAACAUCUGAAAUUGUAAUUUGCUCUAAGAAUUAAAUUUUUAAAUGAACAUCUCGCGAUAAGCAACAAGAUACACCAUUUUGUUGUUUUUUUAUCUAGUUGAAACUCAUACAAUUUAAAGAUUUGGAAUAAAAAUAUUCUCAAUUACUCCGUCAGAAUCUCUGUAUGUAAAUGUAUGGUAAAUAAGAAAAAAAAAUCGAUAAGUAGAUUAAUAAAAAGGGAAACCCCACGUCUAUUGAUGUUUUCACUGAACAGAUUGGUAUUGAUAUCAGCAACUUUAUCGUUCCAACUGUUUAAAAUUGAUAUAAAAUACUUAUUUUAUAUACGCUUGUUAUUGCUGUAGUUACACACGAAAAUUACAUACCGACAGCUUUCACACGUUUUGAUAUUGAAUACUAUAUAUGACAUGUCCAUAAAUUUGUCGGAUUCCCCACCGUUUUAACUAAAAACUUACAAUUGAAACACUAUAUUUUAUAGGUAAGAUUUAUUUACCCUCGAAGCGCUUGUUUUUCACAAUUUAACAUACUCUUUUCUUCCGACCCGUUUAGCAGAGUUAUAGAAAAGUUUCAUAUAAUAUGAGUUUAAUAUAAAUAAAUUGAUUGAUUAGCAGCAUGACGUAAUUUGUUUUGCAGAAUAGGUAUGUUGAAGAGUGCUUUCGAUAAGUAUUAUGUUUCAGUAGUCUGUAAUUAAAUGUAGUUCUAAUAUUUUUUUUUAAUAUUGGAUCACUUUCUUUAGUAUUACUGGCAUAUACCAACGUCUUUCUAUGAUUUUAUUAGCACACUAACCCUUUAGCUAACACAUCCAUUGAAUUCGAAUUUAUGUAUAAAAUUUCAAAUAUGCAAAUAUGUAUGUAUAUUCAAAGUAAAAAUAUUGAAUUUUCGGUCGAUAAAUCGCAUAUUAUUUCCUUUAUUUAUAGGAAAAACAAACAUUUAUAGCUAACGUUCUCUGGUGUGGAAUAUAUGUAUGUAAUAAUGUAGUUGUGUGAAUCGCAUGACUGUGUGGUGUACAUUCUUCCGUCUUAUUAAUUCUAUCUUAGUACUCGAGUAUCUUAGUAAAAGUACAUCUCGAAACAAAGGUAAAAAUAAAAUAAUUUACGCUUUAAAAUCAAUUAACGUACUGAUUUUGAAAUUAUUUCGCAGUGUAAUUGAUUUCCUUUCCAAUCGUUUGGAAAAAUAGUUUAUUUAUAGUAAUAGGGAUUCUUAUGUUUAGUUUGGAGUUUUUUUUUUGUUUUUGUGAUCAUCUCUUAAGUUCCAUAUUUUCUGCACUACGUUAUUCAAAUGUUUAACAAAUUAUUAAACUAUUUCUUCUCAGCCUCAGGUGCUGGUUCCUCUGCUUCUCCCUUCUCUUUGUCUUCAUCUGAAGAGUCCUCGUCAUUUUUAGUUAAGCUGGGAAUAUCAUCG